AUGCCUGACUGGCUUAAAGAUGCAAUCAAAAAUGAAUAUAUUAAAUUAUUCGAAUAUGGAUCUUUUGAGAAUAAGAAAUGGAUUGGUGAAGGAGGAUUUGGCAGUGUAUUUGGUGCUUAUUCUAAAAGCAUUAAUCAAACUAUUGCUUUAAAGAGAUUGCAUCAGAAUGUUAUAUAUAAUGAAGAUUCAUUUCAUAAAUUUAUUAAAGAAGUUAAGAUUAUUUCUAAAAUCGGUCAUAAUAUGAAUAUAAUACAAUUCUUUGGAAUUACUAAAG